AUUAAGAGAGAAAACAUACUGUGUCAAUCCGCAAUAAAGUAGGUGAAAUGUGUUUGAAUUUGUGUAAAAUAAUCUAAUUAAUAAGUUAAUGAGCUAGUUUAGUUGAUAAUAACUUCAAGAAUUAGUUAAAAGGUACAAAAUGCGGUGGGUGCUAUUAUCAAUAGUUGUGCUACUGUGUACCUCCUACGUGGCUCAGGCUUUUGAGGACCAGGCUCUGGAGGAUGAUGACUUCGCAGAGUUUGAGCAGUUUGAUGCUGAAGACGAUGAUAUAGUCAGUGACUUUGGUGAUGAAAAAGAAGUACCGGCAUCAAAACAGAAGGCGUCAUCUAAAGAACAGUUUGAAGCUAAUGUUGAAACUGAGGAUGAUAUCUUAGUUGAGGAUGAAGACAAUGAGUUCGAGCACUUCCAAGACCCCGAGGAGUUCGAGGGCUUCCAGGACAGUGCGCCGCGUACUUCUGAGCAGCCAAAGAUCACUAUUUCUAAGGUUCCUAUAAUGGUCCGGCCGCGGUGGGACGCGUACUGGCUGGAGGGCAUCCUGUGUUGCCUGCUGGCGGCCUACGCGCUCGCCUACGCGGUCGGCCGCGCUAAGAAUACCUCCAUAGCUGUCAACUUCCUGAAGUUACACAAACCUUUGUUAGAUGAUAACUUUACUUUAGUUGGAGAGACGGGCGCGGACGUGGUGUCCGCGGGCGAGGAGCGCGGCUGGCGGCGCGAGGCCGAGCACUGCUUCACCAUGUGGUGCAGCGGCCGCCUCUGCUGCGAGGGCAUGCUGCUCACGCUCAAGCUCAUCAAGCGCCAAGACCUAGUCCACGUGCUCCUGGGUGUAGUUAGACCAACUCCGGACACGCUCCUCAUCCGCGUGGAGCUGGGCAAAGACGACAGCGACCCCUUCGUGCUGUGUGUCGCGCAGAAGAAGAUCGCCACGCGCCUCUCCAAGGAGAUGCAGGACUUGAGCGUGUUCUGCCCGGAGCGUCGCGCGGGCGACAAGCACGGGCUGCCGGCGACGCUGUCCGUGAUGUCGGAGACGGCGGAGGCCACGGCGGCGCUGCUGGACGCGCGCGUGCAGGCCGCGCUGGCGCGCUACCACCAGCACCUGCACUACAUACACGUGUCCGACCGCUACUCCGGGCCCAAGCAGAUGGAGGAGGGCGGCGUGACGAAGCCCCCGGACACGGAGCGCGUGUUGCUGGUGAGCGUGGCGCUGGGCGCGGACGGCGGCGGCGACGAGCUGCGCCCGCUGCUGCUGCUCGUCUUCCAUCUCAUGGACAAGCUCAAGCGGCUGCGGCUCAGCAAGGAGGCGCUGAGCAAGUGCGAGAAGCGUCGCCAGAAAGUAGCAGAAGCGUGGCUUCGUGGAGCACACGCUGCCCGCCAGGAGCUGGCCGCCGCCAAGCGCGAGGAAAAGCGCAAGCAGGAGAAAGAGAGGAUUCUUGCGGAGGAUGACCCAGAGAAGCAGCGUCGCUGGGAGCUGAAAGAGCAGAAACGUCAGCAGAAGCGCAAAACGCCAAAAAUGAAGCAAUUGAAAGUGAAAGCAUUGUGAUAGCCACGUAUGCGUAUCGGUUCGUUAACCAGCAAUCAGUCAAAUACAAUAUUAUUUACAAUGAACUUUUGUUAUUUAUCUUAAGUGUUACAUACUCAAUAGCUGCGAAUAAAUGAAUUUUAAGUUAUUGUAAUA